AUGGCGGACAACAAACAGAAUGGCCAAGUGCCUCUGCCGACCCUAGCAGAGUACAAGAAGUCUCAGGCCCGUGUGCGCGAGCUAAUCGAGAGGCGAAGGCUCCUGGAGAAACGCCUGACCCAGUUAGAAGACAACAUCGUGUCCAAAGAAGCGGCAUACCUCGAAAGCACACCGAGCGGAAACAUCAUUACCGGUUUCGACAACUACAUGAAAGGUACGAGCGGUGCGGCAGCACAGAGACGCAAGUCUGGACCGGCGGAUCAGAAUCGCGUCUUUUCAAAGUCGUCUCUCUCGUAUAGACCGAACAACGGGGACUCGACGCCCGGAUCAACACCAGCAUCGCACGUGCCCACGCCCGUGUCGGCUUCGUUUCGCGAUAGUGGGACGCCGUCGUCAGCGACCGGAACAAAGGGCAAGAAGAAGAAGGCGGCUGUUGUAGCGGACAAGGAGGUUGACGACAGUGAGAAUGAUGGCGGGGGGAAUAAGAAGAGGACCAAUUUCGGAGCGUCGAGAAAGUAG